GUCGCGAGGGCUGCUUGCAUUCACAGGGCGCCGAUGCCGCGCCGCUCGUACGAUCGCCCAGCGAGAAAGUUUUAGUGCCACUCGUUAUUUUUAUUGUUUUGAAUUAUGUGAAUUUUAAUUUUAUUUGUGUGCGUUUAUGUUUUUAUUAUUUUCAUCGUUUUUAUUUAUUUACGAAUAAGGAGAAUCAAGUUAAGGGGUUUCACCCAGUCGCACCGACUGGGACAUGUUAGUACUUUGCCGUUGCUGCAACUGAAUCGUCACCAUUCCCAAAUCCAGAGCAAACAAGCCGAGAUGUACUCGGACACGGAGAGAUAAGAAGUACAAGAAGGACAAAAGUCCCACGAUGUUCUCACUGGCCGAGGGGUGCGGGUGCGUGAGCUUCAGGGGCAGCCGGCGCGCGCGCUCGCUCGGCGACGACUCGUCGUCGUGCCGCAGCUCCGAGAUAGAACAGGAGGUCCCCAAGAAGCUGGGCCGCAGAGUCCUCAACGGGGAAUGCACCAUGAAGGCCCUCGCUCCGUUCUUGAAGUUUUGGCGACGAGACGACGUUAGCAUGACCAAGGCCGAAAGAACAAUGAAAGCGGCCAUACUGAUCCAACAAUGGUACCGGCGGUACCUAGCCCGGAUGGAGGUGCGGAGACGCUACACGUGGACCAUCUUCCAGAGCAUCGAGUACGCUGGGGAACAGGAUCAAGUCAAAGUAACGAAAUUAGAUGAUUUGAGUCCCAUCAUAUUUUUGAACCGAACCAAAGCUGAGCUGAACUGCACCGCUGGAUCUAUGCAGGUAGAGCUGAAAUUCCACGAGAAGUACUACGGGAUUGCCUACGCGGACUUCGACCGGCAUUCUGCGUGCCAGGUCGCGGGCAAGGGAGCUCUGUCUUACCGGCUUGAGCUGCCUUUGAAGGGAUGUGGCACACGACAGGACCCUCUCCGCGUGUUCACCAACAACAUAGUGGUGCGUUUCCACCCGAACCUGGAGAUGGAAGGCGACGAGGUGAUCACCAUCGUCUGCCGGUACCCGCCGCCGGUGGUGCAGGAGCCGAUCUUCAACCCUAUCUUGGCCCCGAGUCCCGAAAAUCCUUUACCAGUCGCUUCACCACUGGCAGGGACUCACAUCCUGAUGAUCAUCUGUGCUAUACUCUUCUUGACGCUGCUGCUGCUUGGGUUGGGAGUGUCUUACCUCUGUCUGAGGAGACGAGCUCUGCCGGUGCCAAGGAAGCUGAUCGAUGACUCUUCUAUUUCUAUCAUCAGUAGGGAGAGCAUACAAGAGGUGAAGAUACCCCGAGCUCACCCAGUGUACCCAGUGGGAGCGGCUGAGAGCGCCUCAGUGGCGUCGGACACCAUUCCCUCCGACUACCCGUCGGAAACGCCCAGUGAAGCCGACCACGCUCACGCCAACCAAGCGUUCGUGAUCGACGAGUCGUACCACAGCGAAGGGUACGGCGAAGCGCACGAGACGAGCGCGUCUAACGGCCGCUUGGUGGCAGGACUGGCGGGGGUGCCGCCGCCGGCCUUCGACGUACGGGUCCGGGUUCAGCGACCGCCGGUGCCGCCGUCGCCGCCUUCCACCAUCACGGCUACGGAGACCGAUGCUGGUAGCAUGAGACAAACCAUGAUGAUUGAGAACGAACGCCAAGAGUCGGUCCGCACGGUGUCGCCGGUAGCGCUACCGCUACCAGCGCGCGCGGCCCAGCUGCCGCCGCCCGAGCGCCCGCCGCGCCCGCCCGCGCACUACCACAAACAGGAGUGGUCGCGGCGGCCGCGCUCUAUCGCCUCCCUCAACACUGAGAUGACGGACACCCAUUCGGUCACCGAGGUCACUGACCGGUCGCACGCCAGGAUGUUCCACCUGAAGAAACCUCCUCCACCGCCGCCGAUCAUGAGCGAGCGCCUGGAGACGGAAGAACAGGAGAUGCUGAUGGAAAGCCUGGAGCCCAUCCCGGAGACUCCCAUCAUGCCGGCCAGAAAACCAGAGAUCACCUCACACGUAGUAGACGACGUGUUCCUUCGCACGAUCACUGAGAAGAAGACAAUCGAGGACAUAGAGCGGCACAAGCGGCUCGUCACAGAGUACAAACAAGUGCCGCCACCGCCGCCGCAGUUUGACGUCACUAUCAGAAACCAUACAUUGCCCGACGCACAGUGGGAGAACUUCUCAGACAUUAGCAGUGCGUCAGGAAUGACGCUGACGCCCAAGAUGGAGAGAGUGCCUUUGUCGCUGCCGCCGCAGAAGUAUAUUGGAAAAGGCGGCCCCGACCUGUUCUCCCCGGAACUAAUCAAGCAGACCGACCGGUCACGUGACCACGUGUACCAGCCUCCCAGCUCUCCCGCAGACAUGCCCCUCCUGCCAGAACUACCCCCAGCAAGGAACCCCUUAUACAGAGAGGAGGACGAUGAGGAUGUCCCGGAACCGACGCCAGCGCCGCCCGUGCCUCCGAACUGGAGUGUGCUGACCAGGGUGCUGAAGACUGAAGCUCAGGAUGAGGUGCUGUCAGAAACAGAGCGCAACUUCCGUCUCACCCGCGAAGAGCGUCUUCGCUGGCGCGAGCUAAUCACCCACGAGAGCACCUUACGGCGUGAACUAGCUCGUUCCUCUACUCGCGAGGAGUUCUCGCGGGUAGCUCACGACCACCGCUUUGCGCCGUUAUACGCUCCCCCCAAAUGGGAGGUCAUCAUUCGCAUACUGGCACCUCCCCCGGAUAAACCCAAGAACCGCUACCGCAAGAAGUCCGAGUGGGACUCGCGGUCGCGCCGCAGUUCGCUCCCUACACUGUACGAGUAUGACAGCGACGCGACUUCUUUGAGGGAACCACAACGCUCGCGCCGUUCGUCCUACCGCAGCGACCACGUCGAUAUGAGGUCAAUGUCAGAAAUGAUGGUGGACUACGCACGCGAGCAGGCUGACAGCCACUCGGAGGUGUCUGGAGGGACGCACCUCGGCCGCUACUUUGAUGAUGACAGCGACACCGAGCACCCCUUCCACCAGGGACAAUCAUGGUCCAGACACUCACUGCAUCGUUCAGUGAGCCAGCCGUCCCUGGCCCGCUCAGCCACAGAGGUCAUGGAGCAGUGGACCGCGCCCGACGGUGACGUCACGCCCACCCCGGGACGACGAGUUCGAGGUCCCCAAGGAUUGACCACAUUCACGUCGUCUGAAGUCCGCACAUUCCAAGCUUCCAGGGAAUGGCGUGAAUAAAAAAUAUAAUUAAAAUACCUGAUAUAACUCAAAGUUAUAACAUACAAUACCUGAUAUAACUUAAAGUUAAUAAUGAUCGCGAUUCAGGGCCACCAGAUGUCGCUGGCUCUAGUCUGAUAGUCAACAGUUGCCGCUAGAUGUCAGUAAACAUAUAAAUAUUUUGAAAAUAAAAUAGUAAAUUAUUAUUGGUCUAGAAUUUUAGACCGAAAACACUUAAGUGAUAUUUUCACUGCCGUUUUAAAUAAGUGUGUGUACAUUCCAAUUUAUGAAAUUAUACAUCAUUCCGUCCAAUCGUGAUAACUAUAUAAAAUAAGAAUUAAUAAUAUCAUUAAUUAUAUUUUUUUCGACAAAUUAUAUAAAAACUUACAGUUUUUUGAUAAACAAAUAUUUUUAUAAUAUUGAAAAAUGAUAUUAUUUAGGUUCUAUAUUUUUAUAGUAAUAUAAGGUAAUACCUAUGUAACGUCGUGUCAAUUUACCAUUAAUAUACAAAAUGAUCGAUAAAAAGCGUUAUUAUAUAAGUGUACUAAAAUAAAUAGAAUAAAGUACUAACUUUGUGCCAAAACUUUUGAUUUUACAAUUAACACAAAUCAUAGCUUUUCUAUUAAAGUCAAUCAUUAUUUGAAUGAAUUGUCUAAAAUUUAUGUUAAGAGCCUAAUACUUAUACAUUUUCUUUUUUAAAUGCUUUUCUUAAUAAUAUAGUGGUUUAUAUUGAUGUACAUAACUACUUUACUGGGUUGUGAAACUUAGCAGUUAAGGCAAGAUAAAAUUGUAUACACCUUCACACUAUUUGUCUGGUGAUUCACUUAUAAUUUUAAGCAUUAUAUUUUAUGUGUAUACACAUACAGAUUUCUUGCUUUUAUUGCUACGUGUGUGUGGGUUUUUGAGGGUUUGUGCUAGAGUGCUCAACUAAUUUUAGUUUAGGGACCUCAUAUUUUUCAAAGGAGACAGUAUAUCUACUUACAUAUUU